ACAACGAUGCCCGUUCCCUUCGAAACCCUGCUGCCGUAUGGCAUCAUGAUUGUCAUGUUCGGCGCCACGGGUACCGGACUUGCGGCCUUCAAGACAUGGCAGAACGAGGGCAAGCGACCGCGCUAUUCAUUGGAUCAGUGGGAUAAGGUCAUGAUGGAGCGAGACCGGCGACUCACAGGAACCCUGAGAGGGCAGACGGACAAUCCAACGGCCCCGUUAGGAUUCGAGUUCAGCAAUGGAUGGAAGCUGGAGAAAAGAUUCAACUGA